AUGGCUUCAAUUAUUGACGUUAAGUUCGAGCACUACCAGGGAGACGCACUUGGGGUUCAAGAACUCAAACCUCGAAUCUCAUGGCGUUUCCAGGACACGCCCACUGACUUUCAACAAAAAGGCUACGAAGUUGAACUGUCAGAGAUUUCAUUAGACUCGCAGUUCGUUCUACUUGAGAAUGUCAAGUGCAAGUCCUCGCUUUCUUCGCUGGUCCCCUGGCCGCUUUCUCAACCUCUGAAGUCGCGGCAGAAGGUCUCUAUUCGAGUUAGAGCCUGGGAUGAAAACGGAUACUCGACGCCAUGGAGCGAGCGACGUAAAAUAGAAACAGGCCUUCUGGUUCGCAGUGACUGGAAAGCUGAUCGAAUCGUUGCACCUUGGGGUACGGUCCUCGAACCCCAGCCUGAGCAGUUAUUUCGCAGGGAAUUCUCACUCAAAGGGCAAGUCAGUGAAGCCCGCCUUUAUAUAACCGCUCAGGGGGUGUACGAAGCAGAGAUAAAUGCCCAACGAGUCGGCGACUACUUCCUUGCUCCUGGUUGGACUUCUUACGACAGCAGAAUUCAGUACCAGACCUACGACGUGAAAUCUUUCUUGGAGAGCGACAAGAACUGUAUUGGAGUCCGCAUUGCUGAAGGCUGGUUCUGCGGUCGUAUCGGCUUUGAAGGAGGCCAUCGCAAUAUCUGGGGUCCACACCCUGCAUUGCUAGCUCAACUUGAAAUUAAGUAUGUCGACGGGCAAGUUGAGAUCAUAGCGUCAGACCAUUCGUGGAAGGUCAGGAAGGGACCUAUACAACUCGCAGAGCUUUACGAUGGUGAAAAGUAUGAUGCUACACAGGAAGUCCCAGGUUGGAGUUAUCCAUCCACUGGUAGUGAUGAAGGUUGGGAGACUGCCUUGGUAAUGGAACCAUUACCCGCUUCCAUCGAGCUCACUGCUGGUUUCGGAGAGCCAGUCAGGCGCGUGGAGGCGAUCAGACCUGUCCAUAAGAUUGUAACACCUUCCGGUAAAAUUGUUCUUGACUUUGGCCAAAACCUGGUUGGUUACUUGAGGCUCCGAAAUAUCAAAGGUCCUCGAGGUCACAAAAUUGUUCUCUCUCAUGCCGAAGUCCUAGAAAACCAUGAGCUUGGAACCAGGCCCCUGAGAAUCUGUCAAGCGAUCGACACUUAUACACUUAAAGGAGAUGAGCAGGGUGAAUCAUAUGAACCUCGAUUCACUUUCCACGGGUUCCGUUACGCGCAAAUCGACGGCUGGGUCAGUGAGCAUGACCUGGAGACAUCUAUUGAGGCCGCUGUCUGUCAUACAGACAUGAAAAAGGCCGGCACAUUCUCCUGUUCCGACCCGCUCCUCAACAAGCUUUAUCAAAAUAUCUGCUGGGGGAUGAGAGGCAAUUUUCUGUCGGUACCAACUGAUUGCCCUCAACGCGAUGAGCGAAUGGGAUGGUCUGGUGAUCUAGCUUUGUUUGCACCUACUGCAACUUUGAUCUAUGAUUGCUUUAGCAUGCUCAAGAACUGGUUUGUUGAUGUCAAACAUGAGCAGAGAACUUUGGGUGGUGUCCCAUCAAUGGUUACGCCUAAUGCGACGCUCCCAGAUCCUGUUUGGUGCAGAAGAAUUCCAUGUGCCAUUUGGCACGACGUUACAAUAUUAGGCCCUUUUGCUCUUUACGAAGAAACAGGGGACAUUAAUAUCUUGAGCCAACAAUACUCCAGUAUGACAACAUGGAUCAGAAAAAUACCACGAAACUCAAUAGGUACCACGCAUUUGUGGAAUAACAAUAUAUUCCAACUUGGUGAUUGGCUUGACCCAGCUGCUCCGCCCGAUGCGCCCUGGAAAGGAGCCACUGAUGCAAAAAUGGUUGCUAAUUGUUUCUUGAUUCAGAGUCUGGAUCUAAUUGCUCGUGUCGCUGGUAUCCUAGGUAGAGAUACUGACCAAGAUGAAUUUACGAAGGAAGCUCAGAAUGCAAAGAAAGAUUUUCAAGCAGAAUACGUGACUCCGAAUGGCCGUAUGGUGUCCGAUUCCCAAACAGCCUAUGCCUUGGUCAUAUGCUUUAAUUUGCUAUCUCCUUCACAGACAGAAAGAGCUGGACGGCGCUUGGAAGAGCUAGUUCGGAAAAAUGAAUUCAAGAUCGGCACUGGCUUCGCGGGCACACCCUACAUAUGCGAAGCGCUGGUACGUACUGGACAUACACAGGUAGCAUUCUCAAUGCUUCUCGAGAAGAAUUGCCCAUCUUGGCUUUAUCCAGUCACAAUGGGCGCAACUACUGUGUGGGAAAGAUGGGAUAGCAUGCUACCAGACGGUACCAUCAAUCCUGGGGAGAUGACUUCCUUCAACCAUUAUGCUUUUGGCAGUAUCGCAAAAUUCAUGUAUGAGAGAGUUGCGGGCUUACAACGACUGGAAUCUGGUUGGAAAAGAUUCCGAUUCGCCCCUCGUAUAGGUGCUGAGUUUUCACAGGCAUCUGCAUCUCACAUUACUCCUCAAGGAACAAUUGCUUGCUCUUGGGAAACUAAUGCUUCAGCAGACGGGUUGCACACAAUAAAGAUGAAAGUAUCUGUACCGCACAACACAAUUUGUGAGAUUGUCAUACCUGAUGACUCGGUCGGUGAAACAGAAAUUGUUAGCCAUGGAGAGUGGUCAUUCAAGAGAACCUUCAGUAGAGAUUACGAAUGGCCGGUUCCAAUCCUACCUCCAAAGGCGUGA